CUUGCUCUUGACCUUGUUAAGAGUCACUACAGCCCCCAGAACUACUGUCACACCAGAGUGUCACACCCAGAGAGACAACUCAACCCAGUUUGACAGGAUGAAUAUCACUGGAUAUCCUGUUCACACCACGGCAGGGGGGAACACCACAACCAUUCCCUUCAGCUCUGUGAGUGUUGAGAAUGGGAAUUCAUCCAGUUAUGCAUAUGGCACACAUUUUGCAGACACAUUUGAAGUAACCACAUACGACUAUGGUGAAUAUGACAAUGGCGUUUGCAAGUACAAGCCACACGGAGCCAGCUUCCUGCCAGUGCUGUACUCUAUCUUCUUCAUCCUGGGGUUUCUGGGGAACGUUCUGGUCCUGUGGGUCAUCCUGCUGGGGGUGAAACUACGCAACAUGACCGACGUGUGUCUCCUGAACCUGGCCUUGGCAGACCUGCUCCUGGUCUGCACCUUGCCUUUCCUGGCACACCACGCUACAGAUCAGUGGGUGUUUGGUGACGUCAUGUGCAAAGUGGUCCUCGGCGCCUACCACAUUGGCUUCUACAGUGGCAUCUUCUUCAUCACCCUGAUGAGUGUGGACAGGUACCUGGCCAUAGUCCAUGCUGUGUACGCCAUGAGAGCUAGAACACGGAAGUACGGGGCCAUCGCUGCCAUCGUGACCUGGCUGGCUGGAUUCCUGGCCUCGUUUCCUGAGGCACUGUUUCUUAAAGUGGAGAAACACAACGAGAAAGAAAAUUGUCGCCCUGUCUAUGAUGACACUGCUUUGGUAAUUUUUGGCCUUUUCAAAAUGAACACACUUGGUCUGCUAAUCCCCCUCGUCAUCAUGGGGUUCUGCUACACACAGAUAGUGAGAAGGCUGCUCAGUCGCCCAUCCUCCAAAAAGCAGGCCAUUAGACUCAUUCUCAUUGUGGUUGUGGUGUUUUUCUGCUGCUGGACUCCGUACAACAUGACGUCAUUUUUCAAGGCCUUGGAGUUAAGUGAGGUCUACUCAAGCUGUGAGAGUAGCAAAGCCAUCAGACUCACUCUACAGAUCACAGAGGCCAUGGCCUACUCCCAUAGCUGCCUGAAUCCCAUCCUCUAUGUGUUUCUGGGGCAGAAGUUUAGAAGGCAUCUCAUAAGACUGAUUAACAAGGUUCCCUGCAGGCUGUGUCAGUUCAUGAAGAACUACCUGCCCCGGGACUUCAGAGCCUCGAGGACAGGAUCUGUCUACUCACAGACCACCAGCGUGGAUGAGAGGUCUACUGCCGUGUGAACAGCAACUUAACUGCAAAGACAAAUACAUCUAACAUCACAUACAGUGCCUUGCGAAAGUAUUCGGCCCCCUUGAACUUUGCGACCUUUUGCCACAUUUCAGGCUUCAAACAUAAAU